AGAAGCUCUGCCAUCCGGGAGGAACUCAAAGUAAAGCCGCUGCUCCUCCACAUCGAGAGGAGCCAGAUGAGGUGGUUCGGGCAUCUGGUCAGGAUGCCACCCGAACGCCUCCCUAGGGAGGUGUUUAGGGCACGUCCAACUGGUAGGAGGCCACGGGGAAGACCCAGGACACGUUGGGAAGACUAUGUCUCCCGGCUGGCCUGGGAACGCCUCGGGAUCCCCCGGGAAGAGCUAGACGAAGUGGCUGGGGAGAGGGAAGUCUGGGUUUCCCUGCUUAGGCUGUUGCCCCCGCGACCCGACCUCGGAUAAGCGGAAGAUGAUGGAUGGAUGGAUGGAUGGAAAAAGGCCGUAUUGGCAUGUGUUGCAAUGUUAAUAUUUCAUCAUUGAUAUAUAAACUAUCAGACUGUGUGGCCGGUAGUAGUGGCUUUCAGUAGGCCUUUAAAGGCCUACUGAAAUGAGAUUUUCUUAUUUAAUUGGGGAUAGCAGGUCCAUUCUGUGUGUCAUACUUGAUCAUUUCCCGAUAUUGCCAUAUUUUUGCUGAAAGGAUUUAGUAGAGAACAUCCACGAUAACAUUUCGCAACUUUCAGUCCUAAGAGAAAAGCCCUGCCUCUACUGGAAGUCGCAGACAAUGACGUCACACAUGUUGAUGGCUCCUCACAUCCUCACAUUGUUUUUAAUGGAAGCCUCCAACAAAAAGUGAGAAAGCGACGACUUCCCCAUUAAUUUGAGCGAGGAUGAAAGAUUUGUGUUUGAGGAUAUUGAUAGCGACGGACUAGAAAAAAAACAACAAAAAAAACGCGAUUGCAUUGGGACGGAUUCCGAUGUUUUUAGACACAUUUACUAGGAUAAUUCUGGGAAAUCCCUUAUCUUUCUAUUGUGUUGCUAGUGUUUUAGUGAGUUAAAUAGUACCUGAUAGUCGGAAGGGUGUGUCCACGGGUGUCUUGACGCCAAUGUCUCAGGGGAGUCGACGGCAGCUAUGGACGGCACAAGCUCAGCUUUUCUCCGGUAAGAAGCGACUUUUUAACCACAAUUUUCUCACCGACACCUGCUGGUUGACAUGUAGUCGGGAUCCAUGUUCGCUUGACCGCGCUCUGAUCCAUAGGAAAGUUUCACCUCCAGGAAUUUUAAACAAGGUGUGUUUUGUGUGGCUAAAGGCUAAAGCUUCCCAAUUCCAUCUUUCUACUUUGACUUCUCCAAUAUUAAUUGAACAAAUUGCAAAAGAUUCAGCAACACAGAUGUCCAAAAUACUGUGUAAAUAUGCGGUUAAAGCAGACGACUUUUAGCUGUGUGUGUGUCCUAAAAACCCGUGACGUCUUGCGUACACGUCAUCAUUACACGUUUCGAAGAGGGAACUUUAAAAUUGCAAUUUAGUAAACUAAACCGGCCGUACUGGCAUGUGUUGCAAUGUUGAUGUUUCAUCAUUGAUAUAUAAACUAUCAGACUGCUUGGUCGCUAGUAGUGGCUUUCAGUAGGCCUUUAAAUAUUGCUCUGAAUUUUAGAAAAAACUUAAAAAGAAGAACCGAUGUUCUAAAAGUAGAUUUAUUAUACUUUACGGCAUCAAGUUAAUGAUUGACAUACAUUGCACAAAUUAUUCAAGGCCAAUUCCCCGAGGACUGUGUUGUCUUACAGGGUAACAAGUGCAGACGAGGCUGUAACUGUGUAACGAGACUGAUGACGCAGCAAUAUAAUCUUUGACCUCAGGUGUGUGAUCUUUAGUUGCUCAUACCUGCGCAGACAGUAACUCAGAAACAGACCAAUGUUUUAAAAAAUGGGCGACCUGAAAGUCAGAGACUAUGAUAGCAUCACAUCAUUUCUGGGUCCCUGGGGCGCGUUUCAGCGUAGGGUUUUCCUCGCGCUGGCCAUAAGCAUCUUUCCCAAUGGCUUCACUGGCAUCUAUAUCGUAUUUGUGAGCGACACGCCGCCUCACCAGUGCUACAUCCCCGAAAGCGCAAACCUGAGCGAGGCGUGGAGGAACGUGACCAUCCCCAUGGAGACGGUGGACGGCGCCGAGAAGCCCAGCUCUUGCUUCAGACUCAACCUGGCGAUGGUCAAGAACUACUCGGAAAAUGCCAUCGUCCCACAUGUGGGGGUCGAUGUGGCGGAGAUACCUUUGGAGGGCUGUCGAGACGGGUGGACGUACAGCAAAGACAUUUACGAGUCGACAAUAGUCACCGAGUGGGACCUGGUGUGCGAGGACUCGCACAAAAUACCCCUGUCCUCCUCCAUCCAUUACUGCGGCGUGCUCCUUGGAGCCUUCAUCUCAGGCCAGAUGUCAGACAGAUACGGAAGGAAGCCAGCCCUGUUCACCAUGAUGCUCCUUCAGACGGUUGCUGUGACGGCGCAGAUGUUCUCUCCCAGUUGGGAGAUCUUCACUUUCACUUUCUUCCUUGCGGGCGCAGGGGGGUUCUCCAAUUACAUCAUCGCCUUUGUGCUGGGAACAGAAAUCCUCAACUCCAAGGCUCGGGUGGUCUUCUGCUCCCUGGGGGUCUUCAUGAGCUCUGCCAUAGGGUACAUGCUUAUGCCACCGGUGGCGUACUUUUUGCGCUCGUGGAGGAUGCUGAUGAUCCCCAUGGCCGCCUCAGGACUGAUAAACAUACCGCUGUGGUGGUGGAUCCCCGAGUCUCCUCGCUGGCUGCUCUCUCAGGGCCGCGUGGAGGAGGCGGAGGCCAUACUGAAAGUCGCCGCUCAGACAAAUCAGGUUGCCACCCCAGACGCCAUUUUUACAAAGGCUGAGAUUGAAGAUGCUUUGAGGAUGAAAGAGAAGAAAUAUAACAUCAAAGACAUCGUGAGCAGCUGCAAUGUUUACAGCGUCACCCUGUUGUGUCAACUUCUGUGGUUCGUCAUCACCCUCAGUUACUACGCCUUGAUCCUCAACACCUCCAACCUGCACGGCGACCCCUACCUGAACUGCUUCCUGUCGGCGGUGACGGAGGUGCCGGCGUACCUCAUCGCCCUCCUGCUGCUGCACUUCUGCUACCGCCGCCUGUGCCAGUCCACCACGCUGCUGGUGGGCGGAGUCAUGAUCCUGUGCGUCCACCUCAUUCCCAUAGACCUCCAGUGGGGGGCCGUGCUGCUGGAGAUGUUGGGGAAAUUCGGCGUGACGUCUGCGUUCUGCGUGGUGUACACCGUCACCUCGGAGCUCUUCCCCACCGUCAUUCGGAACACGGCCAUGGGCUUCUGCUCCAUGGCCGCUCGUAUCGGAACCAUCCUCUCCCCCUUCAUCAUCUACUUGGGACAAUAUUAUCAAGCGCUACCCUACAUUCUCAUGGGAACGUUGGCCAUUUUUGGGGCCUUUCUUUGUCUGCUGCUGCCGGAGACGUUCGGAAAACCUUUACCGGAAACCAUGUCACAGAUGCAGACCGUGUGUAGGAAAAGGGGCAAAGAAGAAGAGGAGCACGCAGAAAGCAUAAAGGCUUAUCCCAAUCAAGAAUCCAGGUUUUAAGUAGUUAACAGCUAUGUAUAUGUUUAACUUGUAUACUGUCUGAUACUGUAAAUAAAAACAUACUUAUAUUUAG